AUGGCGGGCAGCAACGAUGACAGCAGCUUCAGCGUCGUCCGCCUCCGCGUGUUCUUCGGCGGACCGUACCUCCUCCGCCUCGCCGCGGACGCCGCGACCGUGCGCCUCAUCCUGCGCCGGCAGCCGCACCUGCUGCCGUUCCUGGAGCACCAGGCCACGGCGCCCGACGCCGAGCAGUGGGCGCCGCCGCUGCACGCGGCGGCCGCGACAGGGGGACUGCGGGGAGCGCGGCCUCCGCACACCAGCGCGGCGACCGCGAAGCAGAAGCAGUUGUCGCACCCGACCACCACCGCGGGCAUCCGCAGCGUCUUCUUCCAAGACGGAUUCGUCAGCGGGUGCGACGCGUCGCUGCUGGUGGCCCGUGGCCCCAACGCGUUUGCGCGGUCGGACGUCGAGCUCUCGCUCGCCAACUCCAUCCGGCGCAACCGCCAACGACUCCGUGUGCUCCACGGCUCCACCGAGCCCUCCCUCUCCCCGACGUGUUCUCCACCAGCGGGGCAGAGUCCCCGACGCGCACCCUGUCGAACACGAACGGGGCCUGCCCAGCCGCCGCGCGCCGACUCCGGCCCAAACAUUCCAAGUCCAGCAGCUUAUCCGUUCGUAUGCAGGAGGCAACAACGCCGACACGAGCAGAGAAGGGCCACGUUCCUUGAGCUGUUGAGGAUCCGCUGCCAUCCUCCAGGCCUAUCACCAGCCAUGAUAGCCCGUGCUAUUCCCAUGGCCACGGAAGAAAAGCAAGAAACGCAAGAACACCUCCAUCCUGGGCGACACACACAUGCUCCACUCGGCGAGCUUGGCAUCACCUUGGUGUGCUGCUGCCAUUCUCCGAAGCAGAGGUCGAGCUCACGCUCGCCUACCACCCGGACAUCGGUGGCGCGGCGCUGGGGCUCAACGGCCGCGCCCGCAGAGGUCACGCUCCGCCGGGUCGCCGGCGACGCAUACGCGAGCACCGACCGCGUCGCCACUGCCGAGGGCGCGCGCUUCGAGGUGCGCAGCGCGGCCGCCGGGGAGGAGGAGGUCACUACGGAGGGCGUCUUCUCCGCCUGGCCGUGGCGAGGAGGCGCGAUUCUUCCCGUCCGAACGGCCGGACGGAAGCCGUGCGCCGAACGGCUCCCGCGCGAUGCGCUUGCACGGCAGCGAGGCCCACGCGCGGCCCACAUGCAUGCACGAGCGAGCCAGCGCUGCCCGCUGGGCACGGGAUUUCCGGCAGCGUCAGAUACGCGCAGUUCUUCGGGGGAGUGGGAGCUCCUCAUACUAAUCAGAAUCAUCUCAAAUAUGUUGGAAGAAGUGGAGUGCACGCUGAACCAGCUACCAGAAGAGGUGCUUGCCAAUAUCCUCCGACGUCUUACGCCACCCUUCCUUGCCACAUCCCGCUGUGUUUGCAAGCCCUGGUGCACAAUCAUUGACACCCGCCGAUCUGGCCGGAUCAAAUUAAACCCUGCAACAGAGGAAUUAGAGUGGCCACUGUCGCCAUGCAUACUUCAUGUGUUCUCAUCAAGGACUAAGAAAUGGGAGGAGAGGUCGUUUGUUCGAGAAGGGGAGGCUGCAGGGACUGUGGCUGACAUGCGAUUGGAUGGUUCAUAUAGUAAUCAUUAUCACAACUCUGUCUAUUGGCGGGGAGCACUUUAUGUCCAUUGCCAAUCCAACUUUGUUAUGAGAUUAUCACUGUUAGAUGGUAAGUACCAGAUGGAGUGGUUUUUGAAGACUAGUAUUUGCUUGAGAUAUAGGAAAACUGAUAGACCUAAACCUUGGACCUUACAAGAUAUUAAAUGUAUUGGAUCACGCGAUGAGUAUCAGGAUGGUAAUGAUAAAGUGAUAAUGGAGGAAAAUUUUGAAUUUGGCUGUGACUACAAAAAUGUUGUUGAAACCAAAGAAUGGGACUCAGACGAUGAUAAUGUUAUUCACACCGAAGGUUGGGGCAAUAGGGACAUUGGUGGCUAUAUUAUUACUCUCCUCGGAUUUUACCCUUACAGGGAGGUUGUCUUCGAGUGA